AUGAAACUUCGUUCACAUGAAAUUCUCUCAAAUCAUAUGACUUCAAAACCAAUAUCAACAAAACCAUCAUCAAGAUUCAAAAAAUUAUUUCAAACAAAAAAUCUUUUUAAAAAAAAACAUCAAUUAUCAUCAUCAGCAACACCAAUACAAUCUGGUCUUCUUCAUGAAAUUCCUGAUUAUGUUCGAAAAAGUUUUCUUCGUUAUUUGCUUGAGCCAUCUAUUCCUUCUUCUUCUUCACCAAUUAUUCAGCAAAAUUCACCAUCACGAAAUGUUCGACCACCAUUAAUGGGUAUUCAAGCAUUAAAAACUAAAAAACAACAGCAUCGUCAUCAGACAAAACGUUCGUUACGAACAAGAGCUCAACCUGUUGUUGAUAAUAACAAAUCUCUUGACGAUUAUCAAACACAAAAUAACUAUGACAUGACUAUUUUAAAUGUGACUAUUGAUGACGAAAGUGAAGAUAAUUCAAUUUUUGCCACUAAAACAAGUACACAUCAGAAGAAAGCAAUUCCACAAUGGGCAAGAAAAAAUGAAUUACAAAUAGCUAUAUGUAAUCAAAUUUAUUUUCAUCGUAAUCCAAGUGAAAUAUUUGGUAAUACAAUUGAUUGUUCACCAGCACAUUUACGUACAAUACUUCAUUCAAUGUUACCUAAUGUUCAAUUAACAGAUGAUGAUCUAUAUCAAUCACCAUCAAUACCUAUGAAUAGUAACAAAUCAAUAUUGGUCUAA